GUACUAGAUCUUCCGAAUAGCUCACAGCAAAAAUAUCUUGAAGAGCAGACCAUGCUCUUCUUCUCCCUGUAGUUCCGUGCCCGUGCCCCUGCCGAAAGCCCAAGCUAUUCAUCAUGAGUUCUUGCUUCACCAUCUCCAUCUCUCUCUCCUUCUUCUUCUUCUUCAUCCAAAUUUUCAGUUCUGAGGCUGCACCCGAAUAUCUGUAUCAUGAUUGCCCAAACACCACCCUCUUCACUUCCAACUCCACCUACCAAUCCAACCUCAACGCCCUCCUCUCCUCCCUCUCCUCCUACGCCACCAACAGCACCGAUGGCUUUGCCAACGCCACUGCCGGCCAAAACCCUCCCGACCGGGCCUACGGGCUCUUCCUCUGCCGCGGCGACCUCGACACCGCCGCGUGCAGCGACUGCGUGGCCACCGGAAAACAGGGUAUCCUCCAAAGAUGCCCCAACCAGCAAGUCUCCGUAAUCUGGUACGCUGAGUGCAUGUUGCGGUACUCGAACCAGCCCACCUUCUCGGUCAUGGAGCGAGAUCCGUCUGCCAUUUUGUACAACACAGGGAACAUCACCGACUCAACUCGGUUCACGCAGCUCCUGGGAGAAAACCUGAACGACGUCGCCACGAGGGCUUCAACUGGCGGGUCAGGGAAGAAGGUCGCGGUGGCACAGGCGGACUUCACGAGCUUGCAGAAGCUGUACACACUCGCGCAAUGCACUCCGGACUUGACAGCGUCAGACUGUGACACGUGCCUCCAUUACGGGAUCGGUAAUCUGGUUUCGGGGAAGCAAGGCGGGAGGGUGCUCACUCCGAGCUGCAACGUGAGGUACGAGCUCUACCCAUUUUAUAACACCUCGGCCCUGCCCGCGCCGGUGCCUCCGCCUCCCGCUUCCGCUCCGGUGAUCGAACCUAAAGGCACAAGCAAUAAAACUACCGUGAUUAUCGUCGCCGUCGCCAUUCUUGUUGGCAUAGGCGUGGUGCUUCUCUUCCUUGCUUGUUGUUUCUGGCGGAGGAAAGUGACCAAGACGUACGAAGUCGUCCAAGAAGAUCAAACCGGCGUGAACGAAAUUACAGAUGCCGAGUCCUUGCGGUACGAUUUAGCCACUAUACAAGCUGCCACGGACAAUUUCUCUGAUCAAAACAAGUUGGGUGAGGGCGGAUUCGGUGAAGUUUUCCAGGGUAGGCUUCCUAAUGGACAACAAAUAGCCGUGAAGAGACUAUCUCAAAGCUCGGGACAAGGUGCCGAAGAAUUUAAGAACGAAGUCGUUUUGGUAGCGAAGCUUCAACAUCGGAACCUUGUGCGGCUGCUUGGGUUCUGCUUGGAGGGUGAAGAAAAACUGCUUGUUUAUGAGUUUGUGCCGAACAAAAGUCUCGACUACUUUCUAUUUGAUCCUGAAAAGAGCAGACAAUUGGAUUGGUCGAGACGCUACAAAAUAGUAUGUGGGAUUGCUCGAGGAAUGCUCUAUUUACAUGAGGACUCUCGACUUCGGAUCAUUCAUCGCGAUUUGAAAGCAAGCAAUAUCUUGUUGGACAGUGAAAUGAUCCCGAAGAUUUCAGAUUUCGGUAUGGCAAGGAUUUUCGGAGUUGACCAAACACAGGAAAAUACCAAUAAAAUAGUGGGCACUUUUGGUUACAUGUCACCUGAGUAUGCAAUGCAUGGGCAAUUCUCCGUGAAAUCCGAUGUCUAUAGUUUCGGUGUCCUACUUCUUGAGCUCGUUAGCGGUAAGAAGAAUAGUUUCUUCUACCAAGCAGAUGGGGGUGAAGAUUUUGCUAGCUAUGCCUGGAAAAAUUGGAGAGACGGUACGCCAUUGGAAGUGUUAGAUCCAGCCAUUGAAGACUCGUAUUCAAGAAAUGAAGUUCUUAGAUGCCUCCACAUUAGUCUGCUUUGCGUUCAGGAAGAUCCAAUGGAUAGACCCACAAUGGCAAACAUAGUCCUUAUGUUGAGCAGCUACUCUGUUACUCUUGCACAGCCCCAACAACCGGCCUUCUUCCUCCGGAGUAGGACGGAGAGAUCGACGAAGGAUCUCGAAUCGGACCAAUCCACCAGUAGGUCUAUGGCAGUGUCAAUUAAUGAGAUGUCAGUCUCUGAAGUUGACCCCCGGUGAACGGUGAUAGGAGUGGAAGUCUUUCUUCAUGAUUGUCUCAGAGACCUUGAUCUGAAGUAUCCUUGGCAUUCCACUGCGAUCAUUGAUGAACAAUGAGCAAUAUCUAUGUCCUGUAUAUCUGAAAGUACAAAGUGUCUUCUCAUUGAGGCAAAUCAUGGUUUGAUCCACUAGAGUGGCAUGAUUUUCUCACAGUACUUUUCAUGAUAUAUGAUAAGGUAUAUCCGUUUGCACACGCACCGUAUUAUUUUCAUCACAGUUAUUAGAAAUCAAGGUCAUAGACCUCACCUCCAGAUAUAUUCCUUUGCA